AUGUCGUCUGCCGCUUUCCAGGGCCAAGAAUGGGACUCGAUUCGCAAGUUCCACCCAGAAAUUUUGAUUGAGAAAGUUACCUCACCCUCUUCAAACCACAGCUCGUCUUCUUCCCCCAGCACAAGCCCAUCAUCCGAGUCAUCUUCAGCCGAAUACACUUCAAGUUGCUUGGAAACUUUGAGCUCGUCGUUUGAGUCUCCCAAGGAUUACUUUUCUCAUAUUCGAGAAGAUGAACACCCUUUGGUUGCGGUUGUGGGGGUCGGAUACGUCGGGUUUCAUCUCGUCUCUGCGUUCUCUAAGUGUUACAAGGUCAUUGCCUUCGAUGUGAGCGACAAGAGACUCACUACCGUAGCCGAGCAGCUUCCGGACACCGCAAAUAUCCACUUCACAUCCGACGCCUCUUGUCUUGCAGGAGCAACACAUUUUCUAGUAGCUGUUCCUACACCCCUUCUUCCCGGCACAACGGAGAUUGAUACGUCCAUAAUUCAAAGCGCUCUGGACACGAUCUGCGGUCAGGCUCGAAGAGGAUCUACCAUCGUCAUCGAAAGCUCCGUUUCUGUUGGCAUGACCCGAAAUCUUCUCGGCAAAAUGGUACAAGAAUACGGGCUACGUGCCGGCAUGAGCCCAGAACGCGUUGACCCUGGUCGAAUCGACCCCCCCUUUGAGAGCAUCGCCAAAAUCAUCUCCGGACUAGAUGACCUGGCGCCGAACUCCCUCAACUACAUCCAUAAACUCUACUCCCGCGUCUUCAAGCACCUCGUUACCGUUUCCUCUCCCGAAGUUGCGGAAAUGACAAAGCUCUACGAAAACUGCCAACGUAUGAUAUGCAUCGCCUACGCGAACGAAAUGGCCGACGCCUGCCAGGAGCUCCUGACACCGAUCGAUCCAUUCGAAGUCUGCCGCGCCGCCGCUACGAAACCGUUCGGCUAUAUACCAUUCUCCCCAUCUGCUGGCGUUGGAGGACAUUGCAUUCCAGUAAACCCGUCUUACCUGUUUAAAACAAGCGGGUUCCCUCUUCUUCGACACGCCACCGAGAAGAUGAGCAGAAGGCCUGCAGAGCUGGCUGACCGAACAAUGAGAACGCUGCUUCAAAGGGGCACAGACUCCACCUCCGAGUCCAUGAAUCGCAAACGAAAAGUGCUUGUUGUCGGCAUCGCAUUUAAACCUGGGCAAGCCCUCAUUACCAAUUCGCCAGGCGUCCGCAUCAUAAAUCAUCUUCUGGAUUCCUGGGACGCGCACGUAUCCUUUGCCGAUCCCCUGGUAAAAGAACACGCAUUGACGUAUGUUCCAAGGUUGGAUGAGAAGGUGGAAUGGAACCAAAAAAAGCUGUGCCAGUUCGACGCGAUUAUUGUUGUGAUCAAGCAGGUCCAGUUGAACUUCGAUGUAUUGAACGAACUGAAAGGGGUAUUGAUUGAGAAGUAUUGCCAAUAA